AUGGCACGCCUAAACAUGGGUCUCCUCUUCGCUUUCCUCCUCUUCCUCCCGGCUGCCCUGGUGCUCGGCCACAGCAGCAUCUACGAGCGCUCCGUCGUGCCCCGCGCCGCCCCCAGGUCUGUGGCGCGGAUGGAUGGAGAUGUGAUCAUUGGGGCUCUCUUCUCUGUGCACCACCAGCCCUCAGCGGAGAAGGUGGCCGACCGUAAAUGCGGGGAUGUGCGUGAGCAGUAUGGGAUCCAGAGAGUGGAGGCUAUGUUUCACACGUUGGACCGGAUCAACGCAGACCCCUACCUUCUUCCUAACAUCAGUCUUGGAUGUGAGAUUCGGGAUUCUUGCUGGCAUUCCUCUGUGGCCCUGGAGCAGAGUAUUGAGUUCAUAAGAGACUCGCUCAUCUCCAUUCGGGAUGACAAGGAUGGGUCAAAAUGGUGUAUAGAUGGCACUCCUUCCAACCAGCCACCGCCCACCAAGAAGCCCAUAGCAGGUGUCAUUGGACCUGGCUCAAGCUCAGUGGCGAUCCAAGUCCAAAACCUGCUCCAGCUCUUCAACAUCCCACAGAUAGCGUACUCUGCCACCAGUAUAGACCUGAGCGACAAGACCUUGUUUAAAUACUUCCUCAGAGUGGUGCCCUCAGACACACUGCAGGCUCGGGCUAUGCUCGACAUCGUCAAGAAGUAUAACUGGACCUACGUUUCGGCCGUGCAUACUGAAGGAAACUACGGAGAGAGUGGCAUGGAGGCCUUUAAAGAGAUCGCCUCUCAGGAGGGUUUGUGCAUCGCUCACUCGGACAAGAUCUACAGUAACGCUGGAGAACGCCACUUCGACCGGCUGCUACGGAAACUGAGGGAGCGUCUUCCCAAAGCCCGAGUGGUGGUCUGCUUCUGCGAGGGCAUGACGGUGCGAGGCCUGCUGAUGGCCAUGAGGAGGCUGGGGGUCUCCGGAGAGUUCCUUCUCCUCGGCAGUGAUGGAUGGGCCGACCGCGAUGAGGUGGUUGAGGGAUUUGAGCAGGAGGCAGAGGGAGGCAUCACCAUAAAGCUCCAGUCAGAGGAUGUGAAGACCUUCGACGACUACUACCUGAAGCUGAGGCUGGACACCAACACCAGAAACCCCUGGUUCGCCGAGUUCUGGCAGUACCGCUUCCAGUGCCGCCUGGCCGGUCACCCGCAGGAGAACAAGAACUACAAGAGACUCUGCGCCGACCUUCACGGUGGUAACGAGAGUCUCCAUGACAACUACGUCCAGGACAGUAAAAUGGGUUUUGUGAUCAAUGCGAUCUACGCCAUGGCUCACGGUCUCCACGACAUGCACCAGGAGCUGUGUUCGGGACAGAACGGCCUUUGUGAAGCCAUGAACCCCAUCGAUGGGAGCAAGCUGCUGGACUACCUGCUCAAGACCUCCUUCAGGGGCGUGUCAGGAGAGGACAUCUACUUUGACGAGAACGGAGACACGCCAGGAAGGUAUGACAUCAUGAAUCUCCAGAACGUAGGCGAUGGUCACUAUGACUACCUGAAAGUGGGCUCGUGGCACGAAGGCGUCUUGAGUGUGGACGACUAUAAGUUAUGGAUGAACAGCAGCGACAUGGUCCGCUCCGUGUGCAGCGACCCCUGCUCCAAAGGACAGAUCAAGGUCAUACGCAAGGGCGAGGUGAGCUGCUGCUGGAUCUGCACCACGUGUAAAGAUAAUGAAAUUGUGCAAGAUGAGUUCACCUGCAAGGCGUGUGAGCUGGGGUGGUGGCCUGACGACUAUCUGGAAGGUUGCCAGCCCCUUCCUCUAAAAUACCUGGACUGGGCCGACGUUGAGUCCAUCAUUGCCGUGGUCUUCUCGUGUGUGGGAAUCCUGAUCACCUCCUUCGUCACCUUCGUCUUCAUCCAGUACCGGGACACCCCUGUUGUCAAGUCCUCCAGCCGGGAGCUCUGUUACAUCAUUCUGGCCGGAAUCUUCCUCGGCUACAUCUGCCCCUUCACCCUCAUCGCCCACCCCACCGUUGCUUCCUGUUACCUCCAGCGUCUCCUGGUGGGCCUCUCUUCCUCUAUGUGCUACUCGGCCUUGGUGACUAAAACCAAUCGGAUCGCUCGCAUUUUGGCCGGCAGCAAGAAGAAAAUUUGCACCAGAAAGCCACGUUUUAUGAGCGCCUGGGCCCAAGUCAUUAUAGCGUUCAUGUUGAUAAGUGUCCAGCUCACACUCGAAAUCACACUUAUUAUCUUGGAGCCACCCGAACCUGUCAAGUCCUACCCAAGCAUCCGCGAGGUCUACCUUAUAUGUAAUACCAGCAAUGUGGGCAUGGUCGCGCCGCUGGGGUACAACGGCCUGCUAAUCAUGAGCUGUACCUAUUACGCCUUCAAGACACGCAAUGUCCCCGCCAAUUUCAACGAAGCCAAAUACAUAGCUUUUACAAUGUACACUACAUGCAUCAUCUGGUUGGCUUUCGUCCCCAUUUAUUUUGGCUCGAAUUACAAGAUCAUAACCACAUCCUUCUCAGUCAGUCUCAGUGUCACAGUUGCCCUGGGAUGCAUGUUCACGCCCAAAAUGUACAUUAUAAUUGCCAAACCGGAGAGGAAUGUCCGCAGCGCCUUCACCACGUCGGAUGUGGUGAGGAUGCAUGUUGGAGAUGGGAAGUCGGCACAGUGUGGAAGCAACAGCUUUCUCAACAUGUUCAGGAGGAAGAAGGCCGUGACUGGGAAUGCCAAUUCUAAUGGCAAGUCUGUGUCAUGGUCUGAAUCAGGUCCAAGACACCCUCCGAAGGGAGGGAGUGUGUGGCACAGACUGUCUGUGCAUGUGAGGAAACAGGAAGCCGGCCUGAAUCAGACGGCGGUCAUCAGGCCCCUAACUAACACCCCCGACCCCCACAGCUGUGACCCCCGCACGGCCGUCCUUGGCACAGACACCCCCGACCCACCUGGAGGAGGAGCGCAAAAGCCACCCUUGCACAAUGUGGCCGAAGACAACGCAGAGGAAAGCUCUCAGCAGCCAUUUUGGACUCCAACUUGCUCUGGACAAAGGCAAGAUUUGGGAUGUCCUACUACUUCAGCAGGUUUAGUGGACACACAUAGUUCCCAUGUCCCACCACUAAACAAGCACCACGCUAUUGAAUCACAGUCUACCAAUGAGCCUUUGAGCUUGACCCCCUCCCGGCUUGCUGUAGAUGGCACUGCAGAGAAAAACCUAUUGCACAGCCACGUUCACAAGGGACAACAGGAGGAGGUGGAGGAGGAGGAGGAGGAGGCAGGGGAGGAAGAUGUCUUACUCCAGCACAAAGCAUGUAUGGUGGAGCUGACUCUGUCUCCCCCGUCCCCGUUCAGAGACUCUAUUUGUUCAGGGGAGUCAGACAGCGGUAGCCCUCCCAGCUCCAUCUACACGGCCGACAUACUAAGAGACUUUGCACAUAGCUCCUCUACACUGUGA